CCUUGUCUGUAUUUGAGUGUUUUGAUGGUUGAUUUACAGACGAUUAGGUUGUGACGAGAGUUGGCGGGAGAAAGUAUCGUGAAAUUUAUAUAACCAAAAUUUUCAUCCUUUAAACCAAUUUGUGGCAUCAUCUUAUCAGAGCCUGCUGACAGCUGUUCUGAUGGAUCUGGGGACUGUACGGGGAUCUCCCUUGAAACCUCUGUCAGAUGAGGCCACAAUUCCUGAUGAGGAUGCAGUCAGCAAGACUGGCUCAGACCUCUAUGAAACAAGUAGAAACAUGGAUUCCCCACUGACAGUGACGAGUCUGCAGACAGAUUCUGAGAUGGACAUGUCCGCCCAAGGGCAGCUAAUCACACAAGGAGAGAUUGAUGAGGAGUCCAGACUGGAAAAGGAAGCAGAACAGAAAGAGGAGGAGGAAGAAAAGAAGAGGAAGGAGCUGUGGCUGCACAUGGAGCAGGAUGGACGGGAGGAACGCUACAAACGUCUCCAGGUCCUCCUUAUGAAGAGUAACAUGUACACAGAGUACCUGCUACAGAGAAUGGAGCGACAAAAGGAGGAUGAAAAGAAAAGACGUGAGCGUAUUUUGAGGAAGCAGGUUAAGGAAGAACAGAAGAAAUCAGAGCAACAGAAGGGAGAGAACCAUGACCAGACUCAGGAUUCAAAACUACCGUACUCUGAAAAGCCUACAGAAAGUAUUACCAGCAGCCAGACCUCUACCGACUCGACGUCGGGCAGACAGACACGGUCUAGACUCUCCCUGCGGGCUCCUGUGUCCAAGUCUCGCUUGUCUUCCGCCCUGUCUCCUCCAGCCACACCCGGCCUCCAGUCUGCAGCCACACCUCAAUCACUGUCAGAGGACAAGGAGAAUCUGUCCAGCAGGCACAUUGGAAAUGAGGCUGAUCUUCAAAACCACAAGAAUGAGAUUCCAGUAUUACAAGAUUUUGAGGAGUGUUUGCGUGCGUACCUGGGUGAGACACUGGUGCCCCGGGUGUCAGACCAGACAUUUCUAGUGGAAGAGGAUCCACUGUAUUCCAAAUCCAAGAAAGGCAGAAAAAGGAAAAACAACAACUACAAUGAACAGUCACCUGAGGGGGCCAGACUACUCACACAGUUUUUUAAGCCAACAAAGAAAAGGAAACUAGAUAUGGGAGAGGAGGAAGAGGAAAAAGAACAAAUGCAGCCAAAAACAGAGAAAAAGGCUGCCCCUACUUCUGUUGACCUGUUCUCUGGAGAGGCAGACAUAGAGCUGGAUGGCACCAUCACCAGGCCUGCACUGCUCACCGGGGGAAGCCUGCGCAGAUACCAGGUGGAAGGGCUUAACUGGCUCAAGAUCCUGUUUGAGAAUGGAGUGAAUGGGAUCCUGGCAGAUGAGAUGGGGCUGGGUAAGACCAUCCAGUGUGUGGCCCUAAUGUGCCAGAUAGUGACCAUGGGGGCCCAGGGCCCGUACAUCGUGGUGGCCCCACUCUCCACUGUACCCAACUGGCACAAUGAGUUCAGGAGAUUUGCACCCAGGCUGCCAGUGAUCUUGUACCAUGGCAGUAAGGAGGAGAGGGUUCGGCUAGCCAGGAAGAUCCGUAAGCGCACGGAGGUUCUGCCAGGCAUAGAGAUCCACCCCGUGGUGAUCACGUCCUACGAGAUCGCCAUGAUUGACCGGCCCCAGCUGGCCAACUACUCCUGGACUUACAUGAUAGUGGACGAGGGACAUCGCCUCAAGAACCUCAACUGUCGUCUCAUCAGGGAGUUGAAGCUGUACCAGAACACCCACCGCCUGCUGCUGACUGGGACCCCUCUACAGAACAACCUGAAAGAGCUCUGGUCUCUCCUCAACUUUCUACUCCCGGAGAUCUUUGAUGAUCUCGGCAGUUUUGAGACAUGGUUUGACGUGUCCGUGAUCUCAGACGCUGCAGCAGAUGCAGCCAUCAUAGAAGAGGAGAAGAAGAAGAACAUUCUCAGCAUGCUACAUCAGAUCCUCACCCCGUUCAUGUUGCGGCGUGUGAAGGCUGAUGUGGACCUGGAUAUCCCUCCCAAGAAGGAGCUGAUAGUGUAUGCGCCCUUGACCAAGGUCCAGAGGGAGUUCUAUGAGGCAGCGGUGGACAAGACACUGCUUGAUAAAGUACAGACAAGAAAUAUGGAUGACUGGUGGCAUAGGGAUGAACAAGAGCUGGAUAUAGAGUAUGAUGCCAAGGGUCGGCCAAAGAGAGGGGCCAGGAAAUCUGUUUCAAAGGCUGUGUACAAUGGGCCUGGGUGCCAAAGUUCUAUAGUGAAUGUGAAGCUGGGAAGCGUGUGGAUGGACCUCAGGAAGUGCUGCAACCACCCCUACCUGCUCGAGUACCCUCUGGACCCUUCAGGACAAUUCCUGGUCAAUGAAGAGUUGGUCAAGAAGUCAGGCAAGAUGCUGCUACUGGACAAGAUGCUACCAGCCCUGAAGAAACACGGACACAAGGUCCUCAUAUUCUCUCAGAUGACCAAGAUGCUGGACAUCAUUGAGGACUACCUAUACUACAGGCAUAUCACCUUCUGUCGUCUUGAUGGAUCCACAAAAGUAGAGGACAGGCAGAUAUCGAUGGAGCUGUUCAACACAGAUGCUGAUCACUGGGUGUUCCUGUUGAGCACAAGAGCUGGUGGGCUGGGUAUAAACCUGGUGGGAGCUGACACUGUCAUCAUCUACGACAGUGACUGGAACCCCCAGAAUGACCUACAAGCCCAGGACAGGUGUCACCGUAUAGGCCAGACGAAGCCUGUGGUUGUGUACAGGUUUGUCACCAAGGACACCAUUGAUCAGAAGAUUGUGGAGAGGGCUGCAGGAAAGAGGAAACUCGAGAAGAUGAUCAUACACAAAGGCAAAUUCAAAAGUGGGAUUAUGAAGGACUACACCCCUGAUGUGAAGCCACUGUCUCCAGAAGAGUUGUGGGACUUGCUGAAGUCUCAUGACCAUUCAGGCGUCGUAGAAGAAAAAGAAGAGGCCAUCAGUGAUGCUGACCUUGAGGCACUUCUGGACAGAACAGACAUGAUCAGAGAGCACCAGGAGAACCAGAGAGUGAAACAGACUAGGGGCAAGGCCUGCUGCUAGAGAAGCCGUGUAUAGAACAAACAAUGGAGUUACCAACAUGAAAGACAGCCAAGAGUGCUUGCUUUAGAUCUUAUAAAGCUUAGGUGCUAUUUUGUUUGGGACCAAAUUAGUCUAUCUUUGAGAGAUAGAUGUUGAUGUUUUUAACUGUAUGCGUUACCACUUUACUCUGUAAAUACAUAUAUUUUCUCUAGUACGCGUCAGUAUAUUUUUAUUUUGUUUAUCUAUGUUUUUGCUACUUUGGCAGAUUUCAUGUAUUUAAUAUUUUUACCAAACAGUAUAACUAGAUGAAAUAUUUGAGAGAUGUAACUGAACAAUCAUAGAAAUGUUACAGUAACAGUAUGAAAGAAUGAGCAAUAACUUGUAUACAUUUAUCAUAAUCGACUGAUUGUCUGUAAUUUUGACUACAUUUUUAAGUAAUAUUUAUAUCACUGAAUGCUUACAGUUGAUACUAUAUAGUUGUUAGAUCAUUUGGUGUCUGUAUGUUCCUUGCACAUGUAUUGAUGCUGAAUCUAUAAAGAUAUUGUUUAAUCGGUUUGAAAAUGUUAAUUUGAUUUAUUAAUUUUGUUUUUCACCUGAAUAUCUCUAACUAUUCCUUAAACCAGUAUCUUCAAAAUACAAUGUUUGCCUUUAAAUUUAAUUGGACUUAAAUGGGUAGUCAGUCACCAACUAAGCAAAGCUGAGUAAUGCAAUUAUGAUGGCUAGUUUUGUAUCAGUUGAACUGCUGAAUAGUUGUUUUAUGUAGGACAUAGCCUAGCAAAUGUUUAUGUUAAUAUGUAGUUGGUAGAACAUAGAUACACUUUGUUAGCACACCAGUUCUUAUUAUAAAUUUGUUAAGUUUCAAGGAACUGGCCUUAUACAAGAAUUUAUCAUGUUGAUUGUUUGUGAGUUAGUUUCAGAAAUUUACCUUAAAUGCAUAAAAAAUGUGUAGGCUUAAUCAAACUGAAAUCAUUAUUGUUUUAAAUUUAUUAAUUCAUCCCUUUCAGUUCACAUCUUGAAGAAAAAUGAUCUUUAAUUUUAAAGGUAUGUAUAUAAUGCUUUUAGUAGUUGUAUUGUUUCUUUAUACAUAUAUGGUUAACUUACAUGAAAUGUUUAAUGUUAUCUUGUCAUACUCAGGAACGUCAUCUGACAAAAGUCAUUGUAUAAUGAAACUAAUCACAUCAUCUCAUCUACCACAAAAUAAGUUCAGAAAUGCCAUGUAUUUGCCAUUAAAUUCAGUUGUUACCAAAAGUUAAAAUAAAGAGUGAAAUGAUUUAUAA